UAUUAAAGAUAAAGUCAUAAAAUGAAUUAUUAUCUACAUCAUGUAGAUACGGCUUCAGUGUCGACUCGGCGUGUGAUUCGGGCUGUUCGCUUCAUCAAAAAAAUUUCGCAACCACAGUCAUGUUAUUAAUGUGAAUAUUGCUGAUUCAAUAAAAAUUAUAAAAAAGAUAUGAAAAAGAUAAUAUGGCUGCUGUAAAAAUAUAACUUAUAAGCAGUGAGAAAUUCAACAUGUCCGACAGCAUUGAGGAGCUGGUGAGAGCUUAUGAGGAACACGUCUACCGGCAAGGAUAUCCGCGAAGCAUUGGAUUAUUCCCCAUACCGGAGUACCCUGAGUUGGAGCCGCGGCGAGGCAUGUGGUCUACGGCUUUGGACACUAUCCUCACUACCCUGCGGUACUUGGCGCCGGCGACGCUGCUCACAAUCUUCUGGGGUCAGCAAAGCUUCUUUUUCAAGCUCCUCAAGCACAUCGACUCAGCGUUCAGGGCCAUCGUAUUCUCGAGCGAAGAACAGAAGCAAUCCGUGCUAAUAUGGCUGGCGGAAGCUGGCCCCGUGCGCGUGGAGCACCUGGAGACAGUAUGGCGGCACGGCUGGAUAGUUUGUGCGGUGCUGGACGCCGCUUUACCAGGCGCCUGCACCGGCCACCCGCCUACCAGGCUGUCGUUGAAACACGCGCAGGCUAUAGCAGAUCAUUAUCUUGGUGUUGAACCGGUAUUUUCCAGACAAGAGCUGGACUCUAACGACUCACUAAGCAAACACCAAGAAUGGAAGCUCGCUACUUUCCUAGACCGAAUUCGGCAAUCAUUAGCCAAGCUGACACCGCCUGUAUCGAAGCCACCAUCUCAAAGAACAUCACCCGAAACCACUCAGUUCACUCUAGAUUACGUUGCUAGAGGUUCAGGGUUAACAGCAGCCCAAUUAAACAAUAAAUCUCACUUCAAAAUAUAUCCCACUUCUCAACAGUCCUUGGACCCAGGAGAAAUUACAAUUCUAAUAAGAGGACCCAAAGAUACCUAUGGUAUGACUGUGCUUCCCCCCAUAUUAGGCAAAGCACAGUUGAUCCGACAGAAAUUGCUCGGUUUAAAUUCUAAACCGAAUUACACAGAAAAUAUCUUACCUAUAACACAAGGAGCAACUUAUUUAAGAUCUUACGGCAAAAUGGACAUGAAUAAAACUUACCAUAUCCCAAAAACUAGCUACGAUAUAGAAAUCGAAGCGGAGCCUCGUGGUGAUCAUACUAAAAUCAGUUACGUGGUAAAUCUUGAGGGCAAAUAUGAUAUUUCAAUUACAAGCAGAGGUCAGAGUAUCGUUGGAUCACCUUUUACUGUUACCGGUUCGAGAAAUAUUUUAAGUAUCUUAGAGAAGGAAAGUUUCAGCUUGGAAGAUGGCGAAGAAAUCGACAUUGUCGAUAUAAAAUCAGACAGAAAAGUAGUAUUGAGAAUUGUAGACUUUGUCACAGAAAAAAUGCUAUUGAAAGAAAAUGGUUCUUUAGAAAAAAUUAGUGAUGAUGAAGCAAAAGUUUUAAUGGCAACUGACACCAACGAUAAAUCUGAUUACAUUCAGGAGGAAAGAAUGACAACAUUAAUAACGGAACAAACAACAACCCAAAAAAAUAAAGAAGCAUUUUAUAGCGUCGUCAUUAAAGUAAUACUUAUUAACCGAGUAAUUAAAGUAUUCAAUGAACUAAUGACCGAGUUGUAUAUUGCAAAACAAAAGAAAGAAAAGGCAAGCCCAUAUCACCGAAAUCAGCAAGAUAUUCCAGAUAUAGUCAACUCAACAUUGUCAGACACAAAAAUGAAUCCAUUCAUUUUAUCUGAAGUGCGUAGUAAGUACAUAAUUCCAGAAAACAUUAAUGUAUCACUCAAAACAGAAAAAUCAUAUGGAAAAGAAUUAAAUGUAGAAAAUGUACCUACUAAAUCACCACGCACACCUCAUAGUAACAACAGAAAUAAUUAUGAAAUCUCGGAACAAGAGAAAGAAUUGUUUAAUAUAUACGAGAGUAACGAAGAAGAUGAAAUAAUGACUAUUUCGUCGUCACCGGGUAAUCCUUUCCUAAUUGACACAUAUACACAAAACUAUAAGACGGAAAAAGAUUUGGGCACUUAUGUAACAACUGAGUAUGAAACAAAUAACUCUCAAAAUGAAGAAUUUCCAGAGUCACCUAUAAAAAUACUAAUAGAAGAAGACAUAACUUCAUCGCCUCAUCACAAUAACAAUCCGUUUAUUGACACUGAUGUUGUACAUUUGGAAAGACCUAAAACACCAGUAUUAAAAAUAAUAUCUGGUGACCUUAAAAAUAGAAAUGACUCUGUUUACGUAGAUCCUAGGAUUGAACAACUCAGUGAACAAAUUUUUGGUAAUGAAUUCAUUAAUCCUUUUUUCAUACAUCAACAUCAUCAAUCAAAGCAACUUAGUGAAUCUCUGCCAUUAACUGAUUUUAUCAUAGGCGCCCCUGUGUCUUUACCGCCAAUGUUAAGAACAUCAACACCGGAGCCAAAUUUGAAUUCUUUAAUAAUAACUAAAGAAGAAAUCAAGGUAACGGAAGAUACAUUUAAUGAUGCUCUUGAUAAUACAACAAAUGAAGAAACAAAAUCAGAAUUUUCAACACCAUUGCACACGAACUCUAAACCGAAGAUGGUGAGUGAAAAGACAAAUAAAAAAGUCAACAUUUAUUCCACGGCAUCUUCAUCUUUGCAUAGUUUAGAUUCCAACCUAGCAGAAAAUAUUGAAAUAUUUAAUAUGUCUGACACUAACUUGCUGGAAGCAUAUCAAAACGAUACAAUCACCUCAAAUGUGAAUAAAUCUCCAAACAAAGAAAUAUGGGAUUCAGCAUACGUAAGUAUUGAUGAUAAUAAUAGUUCUCCUGAUACAAACAAUAAUGAUAACACACAAGUGUGUGAAUCAAUUAGUAAACAAAAAUUUGCAUUAAGUCAUGAAGAAUUGUCAAAUAUGGGUCCCGCUGAAAGAGAACUUUGGAAAACUUGUAAUGAAUUAAAAGAAGGUUUCAACACGCCAGAAGAUGCUAAAAAUUUAAAGUGGGAGUCACGAAAAUCAAAUUUUACACCUAUUAUAGAAGAAAGCGACAGGAGCAUUUCAUCAGGUAUGAAAGAUGUGUCUGUAAUUGAGAUAUCCCAAACAAAAAUCAGAGACUCUGAUCCAGUUACAGUGGCAUUUGCUGAGCUGAACGAUAUGUUUGAAGAUUAUUUUCCGAAACCUGAAACUGACUCAAAUUCAAACAUAAAUGAGGAAGAAAAGCUUACUACCUCGGAAGUGGACAAUAAGUUAAAAACAAAUGAUUUUGUCAAUUCUGCGUCUGAAAUAACAGAUGUGAAGCGACAUACGAACGAUUCUGAAGGAAAGAUUUCUGAGGUUCAGGCAAAUGUCACUGAAUCAGUUUCAGUAAGUCAGCCCCUUCCUUACCAAAUUCAAGAUCCGACUGAAGAAAGUAAUCAAAACUACAAUGAAAUACAAUUUGGCGGCCGUAGUAAAACCAAUAUCGUCAUCGAAAGAAAAAAGUAUUGGGAUGAUCGAAUUCGACAAAUAGAGGCGAAGUCUCAAGAAACGACGACUUUUCAAAAGAAAAGGCGAUUAUCAACGAAACAUUUGCGCUAUAACGACUCAUUGACAAAACGGCGUGGUAAACAAAUUGUCAAAAACUUUCUUGGUACCUGUGACCAUAGUCAAAAAACUGCUACUAAUAAUGAAGAUAAUAAAUUUGAUCAAAUUCAUAAUCAAUCCUUAAUAGCAGAAACAUCCAACAUUGAUGUCAAACCAGAUAUUAAACUAGUUGACAAAUGGAAAAAAUAUUGGGACGAUAAACUUGAAUCAGAAAAUAAUAACCCAGAUACAACAAUUUCAUCAAAAGAUAGGAGGCAUGCCAAUUCUGAACAAACUAUAAAUCAAAACAACGGUAGCGAUUUCAAUGAAGGCAAACAGACGGUGAUUAACUUACAAUCGACAACUUCACCUGUAAAGCAAGAAUUGCCAGAAGAAGUUUUCAAAGCAUUUGAAACAAGCCCCAAAAGGUUUUUUGGUACGUCUAGAAAGCAAAUUUUAAAUAAAAUUGAUACCUUUUUAGGUAAACCAAGUAUCGAAGAUAAUACAUCAUCCGAUGUCCCGAGUGCUAGUCGUGAAAGUGGAUUGGUAUCUAGUCGUAUAUUAUUAUUUCAUAGUAUAUCACGAACUGAAGAAUUAUCAUGGGAACGUCGUAAAUGUCAAUCAUUACAUAACAUAAUUGAACGAAAUGACAGCAACAAAGAAAGAAACUGCUUAGACACAAAUCUUGAAAUUACAGAUUACACUAAUAUGGAAAACAAUAUUGCCACUCAAAGUAAAAAAAAAUCUAUAUCUAAUGAUCAAGAUGACGAUAGUACAAUAAUGAAAGAGAAGAGAAGUAGAAUUGCCCUUAAAACAUUCAACAAAAGUUUUGAUGAAACGACUUACCAAAAGCCAACACAGAUGUCAACUAUCGACCAAAAUUUAGAACAAAGCUCAUUAACGCAUAAGGAGAAAAAUUUUGUUAAAAAUACUAUCAAAGAUUUAAAUAAACAAGAUCAACGUAUCAAAAAAUAUAAAAACAUUGAUCUUCGCCGCAAAUCAUUUAGCAAGUCAGAAAUGGAUAUCUUCAAUAAAGCUACAACUAAAGAGUCUGAAGAUGAUCUUGAAAAAUAUAAAUCCUGUGAUGAACUUCCCAAGAUAAAUGUGAAAAAUUUUAUCUCAUUAUACGAAAGUGUAUCAAAGACAUCUGUCGAUUCCAAGUCAACAAGCAAGCUAAAACAAAUGAGCUCAGAAUCAUAUAAGCAAUGGCAAGCUAACAAUUCAAGAUCAGUAGAUGUUAACAAACGUGAUUCGCCCAUGUUCACAAAAGCUGAGGAUCAAUCGACAACUACAUCACCGUCACUAUCUUCUAAGACGCGUGGAAUAAACAAGAGCUUUGAAAGCAUUAGUAGCACAUUAACUGACAUGAAAACCGACAACGAAUCAGUAGAUGUAGAAAUCAAUGACAAUCAAGAAAGUUCAUUUUUAAGCCUGUCUGAUAUCGAAUUAGAGAUCAUAGAAAAUAGCACAGACCAAUCGUCAAAGUCGCCGACGCCAGAAAAAGAUAUACCACAAACCGACUAUAAAUCUCGAUUCAAGAUGGCGAAACAAUACUUCCAAUCCCUAGAAGAGCUGGUGGAGCCAAAGAAACCCCGAAAACUGAACGAAUGCGAACUAUUACUAGAAAGCAAAUCAUCGAACACAACAGAAUCUGCAGAAAAACGUCCCCAGAAAAGGGUAAAAAAAAACAUCAAAUCACAUUCAAUGCCUUCAUCUGAAAUUUCAAAAAUAUGGCAUCAACUACAAGACAACAUGGACACUGAAUCUGGUGCAACCAAACUCAUGAAGAUAUCUGAAAAAUUUAAUGUUGAAGAUUUAUUCACUGAUGUCAUGGAAGGAAGACUGAGUCGUCAAGGCAGCUUAAGAGGUAUUCCACACAAAAAAGCCGUUCUUGAGACGUUCAAAUCGAUGGAAAACCUUAAUGAUAAGAAAUAUAGUCCUUACGAAAUCGCGGUGUCGCAACUAAACGAUUUUGCUAAGGAGAAUAAAAUCAAAAAUGCGCAGACUUUUCUGACCGAAUAUCCAUAUUUGCCAACAACAGAUCCGUCCAGAUACCAUUCUAGAGUAGAUACAAGAGCUUCAGGGCUUAUAUCUCUUAAGGAAAUCAUAAACAUUAAGCCUAGAAGAAAUAGCGUGCCAGAUCUUAGAUUGAAUCCUACGUUUACAGUUAAUCUUUAGAUAUCAUACUCACAACUUCGUUAUUUACUCAGAAUCAUACUAAAUGUUUAAUUGUAGUGUCAGUAAUUAUCUGUAAAUCGUUGUGAUAAUGAUUAUUAUGCGUGACCUUCCAGAAUAUAACUAUCUUUUGUUUGGCCGUUAUUUUUAAGUGUUGUCUUAAUAGAAUUAAAUUAAGUUGUACAAUUUGUACAGAAAUUGAAUCUUAAUAAUUUAAGGACUAUUUUUAUUGUAAUUAUUUA